AUGGCAUCGGUGUAUAUUCCAGUGCAGAAUUCCGAGGAGGAGGUGAGAGUUGUCCUGGAUCAGCUGCCGCGGGACGCCUCUGAUAUUAUCGACAUUCUCAAGGCCGAGCAAGCUUCUCUCGAUUUGUGGCUCAUUAUUGCGAGGGAAUACUUUAAACAAGGGAAGGUUGAACAGUUCCGACAAAUAUUGGAGGAAGGAUCAAGUCCUGAUAUUGAUGAAUACUAUGCCGAUGUGAGAUAUGAGAGGAUUGCCAUCCUCAAUGCUCUAGGUGCUUACUAUUGCUAUCGUGGGAAAAUUGAGACAAUACAGAGUAAAAGGGAGGAACAUUUCAUACAGGCUACCAAGUACUAUAAUAAAGCUUCGAGGAUUGACAUGCAUGAGCCUUCUAAUUGGAUUGGGAAAGGUCAGCUUCUACUGGCUAAGGGUGAGCUGGAACAGGCUUCUUCUGCGUUUAGGAUUGUAUUAGACGGAGACCGUGACAAUGUACCAGCUCUAUUGGGUCAGGCCUGUGUUGAGUUUAAUCGGGGUCAUUACAGUGAAUCACUGUCAUUGUAUAGGAGAGUAUUACAAAUAUUUCCUGAUUGUCCUGGACCUGUCAGGCUUGGUAUUGGUCAGUGUCAGUACAAGAUGGGCCACUUCGAAAGAGCCCGAAAGGCAUUUGAUCGUGUUUUACAGUUAGAUCCGGAAAAUGUUGAGGCUCUAGUUGCACUGGCAGUUCUAGACUUACAAACAAAUGAAGCUUCUCGUACUAGGAAAGGGAUGGAAAAGAUGAGACAAGCUUUCGAAAUUUACCCUUAUUGCCCUAUGGCACUCAAUUAUUUAGCCAAUCACUUUUUCUUCACCGGACAGCAUUAUGUUGUUGAGCAACUGACAGAAACCGCACUGGCUGUGACCAAUCACGGGCCUACAAAGUCACAUUCAUACUAUAACUUAGCUCGUUCGUACCAUAGCAAGGGCGAUUAUGCAGCAGCCUUGCGAUACUACAAUCAGUCUGUGAAGGAAAUAAAAGAUAAGGCCAGUGAUUUUGUAUUUCCUUAUUUUGGUUUGGGUCAAGUACAACUAAAGUUAGGAGAUAUUAAUGGUGCGAUGUCAAAUUUUGAAAAGGUUUUGGAGGUUUACCCGGAUAAUUGUGAUACUUUGAAGGUUCUUGGGCAUGUAUAUGCUCAACUUAAUGAGACUGAGAAGGCCCAAGAGGUUUUGAAGAAGGCCACAAAAAUCGACCCUCAUGAUGCUCAGGCAUUUCUUGAUCUGGGGGAACUGUUAAUCAUGUCUGACACAGCCACUGCUCUUGAUGCCUUCAAGACGGCACGCAGUCUUCUGAAGAAGUCAGACCAGGAAGUCUUAGUGGAAGUGCUGAAUAACAUUGGUGUCAUCCAUUUUGAAAGGGAAGAGCUUGAGGUUGCUCUGGAGGCUUUUAAAGAGGCACUGGGUAAUGGUGUAUGGCUCAGAUUCCUUGAUGUUAAAAGCAAGACCACUGCAGCUGAUGCUGGUGCAUCGAUUCUUCAGUAUAAGGAUGUGCAACUUUUUAAUCGACUUGAGGCCGAUGGCGUUGAGGUGGAAUUGCCAUGGAAUAAAGUCACGCCUUUGUUCAACUUAGCAAGAUUACUAGAGCAGUUGCACAAUACAGGAACUGCUGGCAUCUUUUACCGUCUUAUAUUGUUUAAGUAUCCAGGUUAUAUUGAUGCCUAUCUCAGGCUUGCUGCUAUUGCAAAAUCAAGAAAUAAUCUUCAAUUAAGCAUUGAACUGGUCAAUGAGGCUCUGAAGCUGAAUAACAAGUGCCCUAAUGCUUUAUCAAUGCUUGGUGAAUUGGAGCUGAAAAAUGAUGAUUGGGUUAAGGCAAAAGAAACAUUGCGUGCUGCUAGUGAAGCAACAGAUGGCAUGAAAGAUUCUUAUGCUACCCUGGCUCUGGGAAACUGGAAUUAUUUUGCUGCCUUGCGUAAUGAGAAAAGGAACCCUAAGUUGGAAUCAACUCACCUGGAAAAAGCCCAUCAAUUGUACACCAAAGUCCUGCUUCAGCAUAAAUCCAACAUCUAUGCUGCCAAUGGAGCUGGAAUAGUCUUGGCAGAAAAAGGUAACUUCGACGUAGCCAAAGAUCUUUUCACGCAGGUCCAGGAAGGUGCAAGUGGAAGCAGCUUUGUGCAGAUGCCAGAUGUCUGGAUAAACUUGGCACAUGUGUAUUUUGCUCAAGGAAAUAAUGCCUUGGCUAUAAAAAUGUAUCAGAAUUGCUUACGGAACUACUAUCAUAAUACGGACUGUCAAAUUUUCCUCUAUUUGGCACGCACUUAUUAUGAAGCUGAAGAGUGGCAAGACUGCAAGAAAACUUUGCUGCGAGCCAUCCACUUAGCCCCUUCAAAUUAUACACUUAGGUUUGACGCGGGUGUUGCAAUGCAGAAGUUCUCAGCAUCAACACUACAGAAGGAAAAGAGGGAAGCAAAUGAGGUCCGGUCGGCUAUUGUUGAGCUGGAAAAUGCUGUCCGUGUGUUUAGUCAGCUCUCUGCUGGUGCCAACCUCCAGAUCCAUGGCUUUGAUGAGAAGAAAAUAAACACCCAUGUCGACUAUUGCAAACAUCUUUUGGAGGCUGCCAAGGUUCAUCUUGAAGUAGCUGAGCGAGAGGAGCAACAAAAACUACAGAAAGAAGAAGCUGAACGGCAGAUGUCAUUGGCCGAAAAAGCCCGACGCAAGGCUGAAGAACAAAGGAAAUUCCAGUUGGAAAAGCGGAAAAAGGAGGAUGAAAACAAACGGGCCAGGCAACAAGACGAGGACUUUGAGCGUGUCAAGGAACAAUGGAAGAGUAGUACUAGUUCUGCAUCUAAGCGGAAGGAUAGACUGGAUAUUAUUGAUGAUGACGAGGCUGGUGGUCAUAGUGGAAGGAGAAGGAAGAAAGGUGGAGGGAAGAGGAGAAAGAAGGAUAAAAGCUCGAAGUUUUCACAGUACGAGGAAAUGGAAGAAGGAGAAGCUGAGAUGGAUGGUCAUGAAGGGGAUGAUGGCCAUGGAAGUUACUACAGGGAGGAAAAAGAUCCAGCUCCUCAGGAUCUUCUUGCUGCGGCUGGGCUUGAAGACUCCGAUGCAGAGGAUGAAGAGGCUGCUGCUGCUGCGAUAGCUGCAAGGAGGAGACGGGCAUUGUCAGAAUCCGAGGAAGACGAACCAGUGGAGGAGGAAGGGAAGCAACAACAAGCUGGAAGCCCCGAGUCGGGUGAGAUGCAGGUGAGUGAUGGCGAAGGUGCAGCAGCCUCGCAGCAGCACCACCACCAGGACAAUGAUGUUGAUGCCGGCCUGGAUGAUGAAGAUUGA